CAGGAGCCUCGACAUCCAGACAGCUCUGACGUCAACCUGUCUACCUUCCACAGAGGAUGCUGAUUGGUUUGUUCGCAGUAAAGAUCCCAUGCAAACACAUCCCGGAAACGAGGUCACGACAAAGGGUAGUUCCCUUGAAACUCAUCCGCGUGGGGUCAUCUUGCAUGCAGGACUGACGUUGUUCGUGUCGGAUGAUACAGUUUCGUUUAGUACAGCCGCCCGUCGCUGUGGAAAAAGACAAGAUAAGUUACUGUGCUAAAGCGAAAUCAAAACUUCUGUCUUCCUAUACUAAUCCUUGGAUCUAAACUUGGGCCCCCUACCUCGACAGCAAAUGGAAUAGAGACAAAAACGGUCAGUGUGAUGAAAAGUGAAUUACUCAGAGAAACGUUCCCCCAAGGUCUGAGCUGUGAUCUGUCAACUGCAGGAAUGGUAAUCCGUGGUCUGUGGAUCUGUAAGGUCCGUUUAGGGAAGCGUAGGGGACAUCUUGGACUGCUCUCUGCCCUGUGCUUGCUGGUCUUUGCCUGCCUUUUGGCUGGUCUCUUUAUUGACUACAUUGAGUCCUGGAUCACCUCUCUAGGAAUGAGUGGAGUAGUAGGUGCCCACGGAGUGGUUCUUCCUCAGAGCAUCCCCCCUACCCGCCCAGAGGAGUACCUCCUCAUGCCAAGUCCCCUGGUCUGCCAGCGAGCCAAACCCUACCUCAUUACCUUGGUGACUUCGGCCCCCGCCAACCAGAAGGCGCGCCAGGCCAUCCGUGACACCUGGGGUGGCGAGGUUCAAGUCCGAGGCCACAGGGUCAUAACCCUUUUCAUGGUGGGUCAGCCGUCAGACCCAGUCCUAGCCAGUGAACUGGUGGAAGAAUCAAAGGAGCGAGGGGAUCUGGUGCAGGGCCGCUUCCUGGACUCCUACGCCAACCUGACCUUGAAGACCCUUUCAAUGCUGGCCUGGGCUCGACGCUUCUGCCCUCAGGCUCGCUUCCUGGCCAAAGUGGACGACGAUGUGAUGAUCAACCCCAGUGCGCUCCUGCACUAUCUCACCCUUUAUGGUGUGGCACCAGAGAGCGAACCCACAGACCUGUACCUGGGCCGGGUCCAUGUGAGGGUGGCCCCAGAACGCAAUCCAGCCAGCAAGCACUUCCUUUCUGAAGUGGCUUUCAGAGGUGCUACCUUCCCUGACUACUGCAGUGGGACUGCAUACGUGCUCUCUCGCCCUGCUGUGCUGAAGCUCUCACUGGCAGCUGCUGCAAUGCCCUUACCCAAACCACUGCCUCCCGAGGACGUGUUUGUUGGUAUGUGCGCCCAAGCUGUGGGCAUCGGCCCCACCCACAGCCCGUUCUUUUCAGGAGGGCCAUCCUUGCCAUACAGCCGCUGCUGCUACCAGGCCAUGGUGUCUGUCCACCACACCCAGCCAGAGGAGAUGCUCCGUUACUGGGCAGACAUGCACUCCACGGCCCCCUGCUCCUGGUUGAGAGUCCGGACCUCUUUCGGCUUUUGCAAGGUCAGAACAUUUCUGAGGGUCCUUCUGGGUUUUGCUUCAUAAACUGGACCACCUAGAGAAUUAGCAGGAUUUCUUAAUCAUACAUGGGAGGCCGCAAAGCCUGAAGAAGCACAAGUGGAUCUACUUGAACAAUUGGAUGUUGGUGUCGCCCAAGGAAGCCCUGCACUGUGCUUUGUAGCUUUAUUUUUUUAUUGUCACCAAGUGUUUCAAUAUGUAUUAAUUACACUCUCAGCCUUUGGUGGUAAAGUGAAUGAACUGUUUAUACUUGGAAUCAGUGACUAUACGUUCUACACAUUGUGUAUUAUAAGUAGGGUGUUGCAGCCAGCAACACUGACUUGAUUUUGUUUGAAAUGACCUUGCCAAGCAUCGGCAGAUUCUGUCAAAUCUACACUAAACUAACCUAUGCUCAGAAUGUUCCAAACAAAUCACAGCACGAUUGCUACUCAUUUUUUUUCUUCUUGCAAGUGAAAGAUGCAUCGCUCUGGGUGGUCAUAGGACUGUUCUGAACUGACAUAGUUUCACAAUCUUACUCUUGAACGUAGUCUUCCAUGUAAUAUGUAAUAUGUAAAUUAAGACUGCGCUAUUUUUGCAACUUUUUGCAUUUUUGCAGUGGAACCUUUACUGAGUUCAGUAUCAGUCCCCGUGCCAUCGCUGUCCCUCCUUAACUUGAUUUCUAAAUGCAUUUGAGUUUUUAUUACACUAAAGAGCUUUUAACUAGCUGAUGCACCUGGCCAAGUGUGAUGAAUGGUAGGACAAUGAUGAUAGCUAAGAUUCCAAAGCUGAAUUGAAAGAAAAAUAAAAUACAGCUUUGACUAGUAGUAAAAGUGCAGUCAUAUCCACUGCACCAAACUGCAUUUAAUAUAAAAAAUCAUGUAGAAAAACUGUCGCACUAAGGAUUAAACGUACAAUACAUUUAUUCUAUUUGGACAUGAAAACAUUACAGUGAGGUAUCGCUUCACAGUCUGUCCUCUUAGUUUGUUUAUCUGGUUAUUUUAACACUCAGGUAUGCAAUGAAGGAGGUAAAAAUAAGGAGGUUAAAAUAAAAUUAAAUAAAGCAUGGACUGGAAGAUUUAUACAAACUCGUUUCAAUACUAAAUGCUACUAAAAUGCUUAAAAAAAAAAAAGUCUAAAACAGAUGGAUAAUGGAACUAUGCAAUUCUGAAAAAAAUGCUUCACCCCAAAAUGCUGCUGUUGCUAACAGUGAAUGGAGUUAAAUGGGGCUGGAGAUAAAUACUCAUACUAAAUAUGAGUGAUUUCCCCACUAGCCUUCACCAGCUCACAGUAGCACUUUUGCUGGAACUAAGACAAGCCACAACAAAAACUAAGUGCUUGCCCAUUUUCAAGAACAAAUGGUAGAAAGAGCAUGUUGCCAUAAGAAUGACUGACAUGUUAUUUUCUAAUCUUGGCAUGCUACAUAACACAAACACCAGUUUGUGUAGUGUGAAUAAUCAACAGAUUGGUGAAUUGAAGUCCAUUUAGAAAAGGUAUAUCCUAACGAAAACAGGCUUACAGAACACCUGUGAGAGGCAGAGUCUGGUGUGUGUCUGAACAAUGUUGACCGAUAUGAAAAUUCAAGUCCAGCCUCCUCUUACCUUGGACUUAAAGGAAUAUUUUACACCCAGACCUGCUAAUGUUGCUACCAAGUCAAACAAAUAGGAGUUUGAAUAGCCUAAAUAGGACAAUGCUAAGUUCCCCAUAUUUCUGCCAUGGGAGCGGUUUUGGGUGAAGUAUAUAUUUCAUCCAAGACUGGGACUGGACAUCACUGGCCCUCAUUGAUUUAGUGUUUUCCAGUUCACAUUCAUUUUAAUCCAUAAACUGAUUAUCAUAUUAUUACUGACUGAACCAGGCAGGACAAACAUCAAUCUUUGUUGUAUAUGGUUGCUAUCUAGGUCUGGAUUUGCCUGCCCCUGUGCUUCCAAAACCAUCUUCAUCAUUGUAACAAAUUAGACACUGCAAGGAAUAUGUUAUUUACAUGUUUAAUGGCAACUUAUGAAACAUAUUUUUAGGCUCAAAAACCUCACAACUGUCUCAUAACAGCACACUUGCACUCAUACAAUAUAGGACAGCAUGUUCAAAAAUGGAACAAACAUCAGGCUGUAAUGCUUAAAUAAGAGAUGCGUUUUUAUUUAAUCAUUUAUUUUUGUACUUGUGUGUUCAGAUAAGCUUCUGACCAGUUGCAGGCAUAACUGGACAAUCUACAGAUGAUUUGGAUGUGAAUUGUUAAAUGUGGCUGCAAAUGCAAUUUAGCCCAGACUAGUUCAGUUUUCAACAUUUUACAUUUCAGCUGCCUUUUAAAUUGUGUGGAUAGUCCAGAAUUAUUUGCAAUACAAUCUCUUAAGCAGAUGCAAAAAUGUUUUUUUUUAAUUAACUGUAAUGUACAAUUUUUGUCAGUUAUUAGGUUUCCUUAGAAGAGUGUAAACAAAACUGAACAGAUAAAAUUGAUUCAGUUUAAACAUUUUGUCCUGUGUAUACAGCACCUUAGAUACAACAUAAAGGCAGAUUCUUGUGGUGUGUUAAUGUUCCACUAUGGUAGUUGCCUCUUUAUAGUAAGUGCUACAACAUGCUGGCUGAAAACUGCUCUCUCUGUAUGAAGGCUCCAGGGUGAUGUGCUUUCACAAAAAUGUGAAGGAGAGCUCAUAUGAACUUUUGUUGUCCACUCUAUUGUCUGCUCUGUGCAGGUCUUGAAUAAAGCACUGAACUGCA